GGCAGAGAAAGUAGCAGAGUGUGGGGCAGGAGGACAGUGUGCCUCUGGAAGGGGCAAGAGCUGGGAAGGCAAGGGCUGCCUCAGAAGAACGGAGAGCAGGGCAGAGGGAAGUGAAGUGGAGCAGAAGACAAGCACUCCAAGAGCAGAGAGGAAGCUGAAGAGGCCCUGGGAGCCAGAGGCAGGAGCCAUGCCCCACAGCUCUGACAGCAGUGACUCCAGCAGCUUCAGCCAGUCUCCCCCUCCCAGCAAGCAGGACUCUUCUGAUGACAUGAGGAAAGUCCAGAGGAGGGAGAAGAAUCGCAUCGCUGCCCAGAAGAGCCGCCUGAGGCAGACCCAGAAAGCAGACACCCUGCACUUGGAGAGCGAGGACUUGGAGAGGCAGAACGCUGCCCUGCGCCGAGAGAUCAAGCAGCUGACAGAGGAGAUGAAGCACUUUGCCUCAAUGCUGAGCUCCCACGAACCUCUCUGCUCUAUCUUGACCUCCCCUCCACCACCUCCAGAAGUGCUUUAUGCCACACACUCCUUCCACCAGCCCCACAUCAGCUCCCCACGCUUCCAGCACUGAGUCAGCCGGUGGGAGGGCAGCCUGCCAGCUCCACUGAUGGGAGGAAGCAACUUUGUGGGGCUUGCUUUUCCAUCCAAGAGAGAAGGAUGGACAGACACCUCUUCUCAAAGUGUGUACUCUGAGUGAGAUGCCCAGAAAUGGCAGAGACACCAGGAGGCAUUUUUGGGCAGUUUCCAACUUCAGUCCUGGGAAGAGAAGUCAUUUGCAAAAGUUCACCAACCCCCUUCCUUGGUGCUUGCUUGGGCAUGAUGGCAGGAGUGUGGAGCACCAGCAGCCUCUGAGUGAGCAGCUGGCUGUGGCAUGCAACAGCUGUAGCUCCAGGGAGAGGA